GUGUACAGCAGCUUUGCUGGCAUUAAGCGUCUGUCCUCCUACCGUACGAGAGAAAGAUGACGUUAUUGGAUCUGAAGUGUGAAGCCAUGGCAUCAAAGGAAGCACUGGUGUUGCGCACUUCUGGGCUUGGAGAAGAAACUGAAAGAGUUCCAUCCGUGCCACUACUAGCUACUAGCUGCCAAUAGCAAGAACCACAUUCUAUCUGCCUUGUUGUAUAACAAGAAGAACGAAACUGAACCAUGAAGGUUGUCUCUGUAAUUGGCUUUUUCCUUUUACUGAAGGGUAUCCAAUCCUUCGCACCCCCGGCUGUUGGAAGGGAUUCUUCAACUCACCUUUAUGCCGCCACACUGGAUGGUCGAAAGAUUGCGGGUGAUGUGACCCCUUUGAACAAUUUUAUGCUGGUCAAGAUUGCCGACUUGAAGGAGCAGACAGAUGGUGGAAUCUUAUUGACAGGAAAAGCCAAAGUGAAAAAAACAGAAGGGAAGGUAGUUUCUGUUGGCCCUGGCAAGACGCAUCAGGAUUCCGGAAUUGUCUUUGAUAUGCCAGUGUCGGUAGGAGAAGGUGUGGUGUAUGGGAAAUACGAUGGAACCGAGAUUGACUUGGACGGCGCAAGGCACAUUUUGAUCAGAGAUGAUGACGUGUUGGUCAAGUUCACAGGCGACGAGUUAACUCUGGAAAGUGCCGAUGUCACUCGCGACAGUGUUCUGGUCUACGUGGAAAGACAAGAACAGUCCACUGAAGGUGGUAUUCUUAUAGCAUCGUCUUCCAAGACCGAUAAUCGACCGUCUACUGGAGAAGUUGUCAAGGUAGGACCUGGUCGAAUGGCUGCGGAUGGAACCGUGAUGGCGAUGGAGGUCGAGGUUGGUGACAUGGUAAAAUUCCGUGACUUUGCGGGCAACGAAGUCAUCAUUGAAGAAAAGGAAUACUCCGUUGUUCGAAUGGCAGAUGUCUUGGCAAAGUACUAAGAAAGAGAUUUUCUAGCAAUUGACGGGUAGUGAGCAAAUCUGAUAUGGCUAGUACUAUCAUUCAAGGGAGCACUGGCUUCAGAGGGCCUUGAAAAGCCUCAUACUGCAAAGGCACCCUCCAAAGAAAUCAACUUGAGCCACAUCAACGGUAUAUUUGCGGCAAGUACUCUAGUAACAAGAUAUUAUUCACGUACAAUAAUUGCAAUUGGAGGUACCGGUUCCGUGCCGCUUCCCUAGAGUGACGAGUCGAGUGACGA